AGUAAACAAUUCAACGUGGGUUAAAGAAAAGAAUUAUAAAAUAAUUCAAAAAUGCCUAUUCGUAAGAAUAUCAAAAUAUCGUCUACAAAGCGAGGACAUCAUGAAAGACAAAAGAAGAAUUUUUUAAAGUCAAAAAAACAAUUGAAUCGUGAAAAACAAGUGAAAUCAAACAUAUUUAAGAAGUCUAAUAAUGAGAAACGCAAUGAGAGCUUACAAAAGGAUGUAAAGUCUAAGAAAAAAAAGUCCAAAUCAGAUAGAAAAGAGAAUGUUUUAGAUCCAGCGAUGAAAGGGAAAGACAUCAAGGCAUCAGAUGUUUACGACAUGUUAAGCAAUGAAUCUGAUAAUGAUUCAAUAGAUGAUCAAAUUCCUAUUAAACGUCAGAAGAUUGAACAUUCAGACGAGGAAAUGUCCGAUUAUAGUUUGAAUGACAAUGAAGAAGAACUAGAUGAGGAUGAUUUGAGCGAUGGAGAAUUAGAAAAAAUAGAAAUAGAUCAACAAACGUCUUCAAGAAAACAUGCAAAAGCUUCUAAAAGUUUAAAAGAACUGUUGCCAAUUAAAACUAAAAGUGGAUUAAUGCCAAGAAUGGAAAUAGAAACGCCACAGAUAGUUUCUAAGACAUUAGCAGAAGUAAAUUACCAAGCAAAGGAAGUUGUCUCGUCAAAGCAAAAUCAAAAGGCAGAGCAAAAACAAAAAACUGGUAAAAAGAUUUUAUCAGCAAUGGAGUUGAUACAAGAAAGAGAAAAAGAAUUGGAAAUUCAAAAGUUUCGUAUUGGAAAAUUGUGUUCAGGAAUAACAGAAAAUCCAGAGGAUAAAAUUGGCAACUUAAAGAUGUUAUUGCUGCUGUUACCACAAGUUGGAGCUGAUCAAAAAAGAAAUUUAUUGAGUGUCCGAAAACUUACAAUGUUUUCACUAGCAGAAAUUUUUAAAGAUAUUAUACCAGACUAUAAAAUUGGUAUUGUUGAUUUAGAGAGUCAGAAAGUUAAGAAGGAUACAUUGGCUCGUGUAACGUACGAAAAUGAGCUAUUAAAAUAUUAUAAAAAAUUCUUAAGAGAACUUGAAAUCAUUUCAAAGGCACUCAAGCCUGGCAAAUUUUCAAAACGCCCAUCGAGAGAAAGCAUUAAUAUUGGAGAAUCAGCUGUGUUUUGUUUAUGUGAAAUUCUUCAAUCACAUCCAUACUUUAAUUUCAAUACCAAUAUUGCACAGCUCCUCGUGAUUUAUUUAAAUUGCUCAAACAGCAAAGUUCGUAAAUUAAUCAAUGAAACUUUUAUCAAAAUCUUCAAAACAGACAAACGACUUGACCUGACUUUACACAUUGUUCGUAAUAUAAACCACCUUGUAAAGAAGAAAUCAAAUUCUGUUUAUAGCGAAGUUGUAGCAUGUCUGUUAGCCCUUCAAAUUAAAAACAUUAAUGUUGAUGCAGAAAAGGAAGCUGAGCUUAAGCAGAAAAAGUUGGAACAACAUAAAUCAAGAUUGUUGAGCAUGUCAAAGCGUGAGAGAAAAAGGAAGAAGAAAUUAUCUGAAUUGGAUAAGGAAUUGAUGGAAACUAAGGCUGAAGAAAAUAAGCAGUCCAAAAAUUCAAAAUUGACUGAUAUUUCAAAAUUGGUAUUCACUAUCUAUUUUCGAAUAUUGAAAGAAAGUCCAAAAUCAAGAAUUCUUAAUUAUACAUUAGAAGGAUUGGCAAAGUUUGCGCAUAUAAUUAACAUUGAGUUCUUCUCAGAUUUAAUUAACGUUUUGAAUUCGUUAAUUGAGAGUGCUGAUCUUGGAUAUAGAGAACAACUUUUCUGCAUUCAGACUGUGUUUGCAAUCUUAUCAGGACAAGGAGAAGCAUUAAACAUUGAUCCGGCUCGAUUUUAUACUCAUCUUUAUAGGAAUGUUUUGCGGGUUAAUGCUGGAAGAAAUCAUGAAGAUAUUGAGUCAGUCAUUGAAACUUUGGAGAAUAUUUUGAUCAAACGAAGAAAGAAUAUUACGCACUUGAGAUAUAUUGCAUUUUUGAAACGCCUCAUGACUCUUAGCCUACAAAUUUUACAUAAUGGUGCUCUAGGAUGUUUAGCAAUGAUUAAAAAUGCCAUGCAGUUAAAUGUUUCUUUAGACGUCCUUUUGGACACUGAAAGUCAAAUCGGAUCAGGAAAAUUCAAUCCGUUUAUUGAUGAACCUGAAUACAGUAAUUCGAAUUGUACAAGCUUCUUCGAAUUAUAUCUUUUGCGACAUCACUAUCAUCCCACUGUUGCUAAAAUUGCUAAUCAUAUAUCAAAAGGAUGUCCACUGAAUCAAACUUUAGAUCCAACAAUAUCUAAAAUGACACCAAUUAAUUUCUACAAUAAGUUUGACAGCAGUCAAAUGGCUUUUAAUCCCCCAAUUCCAUGUCCACCUAAAGACACGGAGCCGAAAUUUUCAAAUACAGAGAAUCACGUGUACAAGCUUAAGGAUUUAAAUGAGCUUUGUUAUAGCAAUUUAGAAUUCUCUGCUGAAGAUAAUUCGCAUUUAAAUUUCAAUUUUUUUACAGAAUUUAAGUAAAUAUUGUAAACAUUAAACUUUGUUAAUAAACUUUCAAUUACCUAAUUAAGCUUAA